AUAAUAGUGAAUAUGUAUUUUUUUCAUGCACCCGUACGUGUGAAACAAAACAAAAGAGUUCACUCUCUCUCUCUCUUCUUGCUUUUGUUUUUGUUUAGAUAUAAAUAAACGACUUGAGUCCGAACCACUUCUUCUAUUCCGGCGACGAUGAAUACCGAUGAUAACUUAUCCAUGAUCGAAGCUCUCUUAACCUCCGACUUGUGGCCACCUUUACCUCCGGCGAAUCAUUAUCUUAGCCUCGAGACCACUCUCCAGAAGCGUUUACAUGCUGUGUUGAGUGGUACUCACGAACCCUGGACUUACGCUAUUUUCUGGAAACCCUCCUACUUCGACCUUUCCGGCGAAUCAGUUCUCAAAUGGGGUGACGGAGUUUACAAUGGAGACGACGAGGAAAAAACUGGACGAAGGUUGAGGAGGACGAUCAAGAAGACGAUUCUGUCGUCUCCGGAGGAGAAAGAGCGUCGGAGUAAGGUUCUCCGGGAGCUUAACUCAAUGAUCUCCGGUGAACCUUUUCCGGUGGUUGAAGAAGAAGACGCCAAAGAUGAUAUUGACGACGUUGUUGAAGUGACGGAUACGGAGUGGUUUUUCUUGGUUUCAAUGACGUGGACUUUUGGUAACGGAUCCGGGUUACCGGGUAAGGCGUUUACUACGUAUAACCCGGUUUGGGUUACCGGUUCGGAUCAGAUUUACGGGUCGGGAUGUGAUCGGGCUAAACAAGGAGGGGGAUUAGGGUUACAAACCAUCGUAUGUAUUCCUUCGCAUAAUGGAGUGUUGGAGCUUGGAUCCACGGAGCACAUCCGUCAAAACUCGGAUCUUUUUAAUAAGAUCCGGUUCCUAUUUAGUUUCGAAGGAUCCAAAGAUUGUUCCGGAGCCCCGACUUCAGUUCAGUUUCCCUCAAGUGUUCACAAGUACUCGAACACGAAUCCGAAUCCGGUUUCUCAACCGAUUCAGAUUCAUUUCUCCGGCGAAGAGCGUAAACGGAGCUCAGAUGAUUGGAUGGAUGAGACGGUGAUACCGGAAAAGAAACCGGGGAAAAAGCGCGGGAGAAAACCGAUGCAUGGUAGAGAGAAGCCGUUGAACCACGUGGAAGCGGAGAGGAUGAGACGCGAGAAGCUAAACCAUAGAUUCUACGCGUUACGAGCGGUUGUACCAAAUGUAUCAAAGAUGGACAAAACGUCAUUGCUCGAAGACGCGGUUCGUUACAUAAACGAGCUGAAAUCAACUGCCGAAAACGCGGAAUCGGAGAAAAACGCGGUUCAGAAUCAGCUCAACGAACUUAAGAAGAUAACGGGACGACAAAACGCGACUUCUAGCGUUUGUAACGACGACAAGGAAAAUGUAUCGGACUUGAAGAUCGAAGUGAAGGCUAUGGGAAGUGAUGUGAUGAUAAGAGUGGAAUCGGGUAAGAGAAAUCAUCCUGGAGCAAGGUUGAUGAAUGCUUUGAUGGAUUUGGAGUUAGAAGUGAACCACGCGAGCAUUUCUGUGAUGAACGAUCUCAUGAUCCAACAAGCGACUGUGAAGAUGGGAUUGAGAACCUACGAGCAAGAACAGCUUAGGGAUAUGUUGAAAUCGAAAAUAAAUUAAGGGUUUUUGCGGUGUUCUUGAGAAAUUAUUGGGUUAAAAGUGUGUUUAAGCUUUGUGAUUUUCUCAUAUAUAAAGUUAUCCAGCCGUUAGAUUAGGGCAUCUCCACCCA